AUGGGCCAAUUGGACCUGGCGUGGCGAGCAGCGGCGCCCACUGGAGGUCAGCUGCGGCGGCGCGUCCAGAGCCCACUGUCCGUUGCUGCUGCACUCGCAACAGGGACGUCUUUCCAUCCCGGCGGCGAUCCUCAUGAAUUCAGCAAUUCUGAUCAGAGGCGCGGCGCUGUGGCAGCCCGUGGCGUCACAACAGCAGCGGGACUGGUGGAAGCCCCCAUCCCAGAACCACAUAGUCAUGAGCAUCACCGCGCGACUUCGAGCCUGUCGGCGCUCCGCGGAGCCCGCACGCUCCGCGGCGCCGUCCUGCUGUCUGCCCUCCUCGGCGCCGCCGGCCUCGUCGCCGCGCCGCUGCUGCAGCUGCACCAGACCUGCGAGGACGCGCUCUGCGCCGCCGCCGCCGCCGCCGCCCCGCUCGCCGCGGGGCUGGGCGCGGGCAGGGCGCGCUGCGCGCGCCUGCCCGGCCCCGGUCGGCGCGGGCUCGCGGCGGUGCUCAUGACUGCUGGCCUCGGCGCCGCCGCGCUGCUGCUGCUUUGGCGGCUCUGGCUGCAACCGGCGGCGCGGGCGGCGCUGCUGUGGCUUUUCGCGACCGUGCCGCUGCAAGCGGCGGCGAGCAUCGCUGCAUGCACAGCAGAGCGAUGGCCACAGUCUCAGCAGCAGCAGCAGCAGCAGCAGCAGCAGCAGCAGCAGCAGCAGCUGCAGCAGCAGCAGCAGCAGCAGCAGCAGCAGCAGCAGUCACGGGCCCCGGCACCGCGACGGGCUUCUUUCGCGCGGCACCUGCGCAGGGUCGCAGAUGCCCUGAUCGCGCUCUGGCGCGCCGCGCUGCUUGCGGCCCUCUUCGCCGAGCCUUCCCUGCAGGUGGCCGACAAGCUGCUUCUGUUUGCGAGCGGGUUAAUCUGGGCGCUCGCGGCAGCUGGAGCUGUCAUAGGCGCUCAUGCAUGA